AUGGCCAAGACAGGCCCAGUCGGAGCAUCCCUGGUGUCAGACCACGGCUUCCAGGGCUGGGGUAGGGGCUUCGUGAGAAGAGUCUUUUCGCCUGGCUGUAUUUCACCAUCUUCUUUCCCUCCACAGAGUAUUUACUAUUCCGUAUGUGAAUAUCUCUGUACGUAUUUGUGUGUACUCGUGGGUCUGUAUCUCCAUUUCUUUGGUGAGGACGGGGGUGUAGCUGUGAGGUCUUCAAGGGUGUGUGUCUCUCUGUGGGUCAGCCACAGAGAUGGGGAAUUUUCUGUUUUGAGGGAAAGCCUUCUCCGGUUCCCUUUGUACAAACCAAGAUUCGGUUGUUCUGAGCCUAUGGGGUACAGGUUGGAGACCCCAAAUCUGGAGAGAUGUCACGGAGCUGGAGCAGGUCCAGGGGAGGAGACCUUCGAUGGGCAUGUGCGCUGGGGGAGAUGCUUUCUUCCUGGGGUCAGCCUCUUUGCCCACCAGGCAUUAGCCAGUAGGCCGGAAACAUCAGCUCCCCAGAGCGCUUUCCUGAAGCGCCCCUCCGGGGGCAGACCCAGCCACAAAGGCCCCAGGGGGAGGGGGGCUAAAUUAGCUAGAUAUUUGCGCCAAGGGCUCGGGCUCGGGCUGUAAUACCAGCCUUCACGGGCGCCCUGCCCUGCACCCCGAAUCCUGGCUUCCCUCUUGAUUAAUUUUGCCCCUGUUGCUUCCCUGCUGGCAGGCGGGGCCGGGGACGGUCGGAUAAUCCAGUAGCGAUGUGCUUUGGGCCCGCCUCCGUCCCCGCUCGUGCCUACUUGCUGCUCAGCCUACUUUCUACUCCCCUCACAGGUCGGUCCACCCAGCCACUCCCGCGACGGCUGCAGCAGACCACCUCCAGUGGGCCGCGGCCCCUGAUCUCCAGCUUUCUCACCUCACCCUGAUUCCUCCUCCACGAAGACGGGAGCCAGCAGCUGUGAGCUCCCUGUCCCUCCUGUCUCUCCACGUGCCUUCCUUCCAUCUUUCCUCUUUCUGAGAAGGGGUCAGCCAAUUUUCUCUUGAAGUCAACCCCUCGGCCUGGGGCCUCCAUCCUGUCCCCUCUCUCUUCUGUGAAUUCGCUUUCCUCUCUCCGCCAAGUUUCAGAGCCAGGCUAAGAGCUCUAGUGUGUCAGCCUUGGAAACAGUGAUAUUAUCUGGUGAAUUUGGUUAAUGUGAAUCAGUGCCUCAGGACCUUUGCUAUGUCCUUGGCACAAAACCAGCCACGUGACCUAACUACCUCCCCUGGUUGCCCUUCUCUUUUCUCCCGGCCACUGCCAAGCCCGUUAUCGUCCUCUUGUCCUCCCCCUUCUCCCCCCAGGAGGGAAGCAUAUAUGGUUGUGCAGAUGUAUUUCUUACACGUCUCCAGCGCUUGGCGUUAACGUGACUUUUUCUAAUAAAAUCAGUUUAUUGUGACCAUUUCCUGGUGGCGGAAAGUAAAGCAUCCUGAAGAGGGUCACCUUUAAAAGUAAUUUUGGCACAAAGGUGCCACAUGGGUUAAGAGUGGCCCUGCCCCCCCUCACCCCAACCCCAUAGAACUCGUCAUACGAAGGUCUUCUUCACAGUUCUUGGCCCCUGUGAGCCCUCACGGCACAUGACACUACUUCCCAUCCCCUUCGGCACUGGCUGGGCUCAUCCGAGUCCUCCGUCACCCUCUCUGUGCCCGUGCUGGCUCCACAUCUACCACUUUACAUGUGGGUGCCCCCAGGGGCCUCAUCCACCCUCCUGGCUCCAGGAGGGCUCCAGCCCUCACCCUUCUCCUCAGCUUCUGGCUCACAUGUCUAGCGGUCUUCUGGAUAGUUCUACCUGGAUGCCUGUCAGUCCCUCAGACUGCCCCGCUAUCGAAAAUGGAUUUUUGAAAGUCCUCCACACACACAAAACCUUUCAAAACAAAAAGGCCGUCGUGACUUGCCUGUUUCUGUUAAUGGUGCCACCAUUUUCCUGACCUUCUAAGCUUGACAUUUCAGAGCCAGCUGAUGGCUGCGUUCACUUGACCCUGUCCCCUCCCCAUUUCCUGAACUCCGGCGCAGUUCGCCAUUGUCUCUCAAAUCUGGCCAUUCUUCCACGUUCUCAGCCUAGCUCAAACUCACUCAGAGCUUAACCCCCUCCCCAGACAUAUUGACAGCCCCCCGGGGUGAUCCGGCCCAGCCCCUCCAAUCUGCCAGGGCACCACCUCUGUUCUUCCUCUGCCAGGAUGCCUCCAGGUCGGGGUGACACUCAAAAUACUUAACCCUCCAAUCUGUUCUGAGCAGCUGGGCAUUAACCCUUUAUUUUCUGAAUUGUGAGGCAGUCUAGGGGUCCUGGAGGAGGUGUGGGGGAGCACUUGAGGGCUCAGGGCAGCUGUUCCAGAAGUAUUUUGCGCUUAGCAUCAGCUCUGUCUUCAGACAGGUUCCCAAGUCUUUGACCUUCUGGCAAGGUCCUUCACCAUCAGGGCCUGACUUCCCCAGUCGGCUCAACACUGCUUCCCUGACCUGUGUACUGCUCCAGUCAAAGGGAUGGAUUGGCU